GAGGACCUGACACAACGCCUUCUGUACGAGAGAGAUUGGAAGAUGGGGUUUGAUUUUUGAAUGUGAUUGUUUUUUCUCUCCCUCUCUCUCUCUCUUCCUCUGUCUGGUUCUGUUAAAGCUUGUAUUUUUUUCAACUGGGAUUUCAAAUUUGGGAUCUUUUUUAUGGUUUAUGAUGUCUAAGGUUAUUUCCAUAUUUUUAAUGAUUUUUGACCGUUUAGUCUGUAGGAAACAAGGGAUGGUUUAUGGGCAUUUCUGAUUCUUGGGAUGAAAGCGUUUUUUGGGCUAAUCUUAGAAGUAUCGCUGCUUUGCAAACUUCCUCUUUGGAGAGAGUGAUUCUUAGAAGCAUUUUCUGGGUUAGUAUUGCGACUAGUUUGUAGAUAAAGCUAUGGUGUGUUGCUUUCUAGAGAAAAAAGGGAUAGCUUCAAGUGUUUUUGGCUUAAAGUUGCAAAGAGGGACUGUUUGGUGGAUGUAAAUGGUGGAGUACAUUGAAUGCCAAGGGAAAUCAAAGCAAUUUGAGGUCAUCUCUUGAGGUUCUGGUUUCUCUGAAUUUCAAAUCCGUCAGUACUGCGCUGGUGAUCAAUCUGAUCAAUAGACGUAUCUUAAAUCAUGGUGGAAGAAGGUUCAAAUCAGGUUUUGGCUGAUCCUUGGUCAGCAGAAGAAUGGUCAUCGCAUGCUCAAGAGCUUGUUCUAGAGGCACUGGAACUGGCCAGAAAGGUGACGGGGUUCCCUGGUAGAUGGAAGAUGAUAAUUGGCAAGUUGGAGCAGAUCCCAUCAUGCUUAUCGGACUUGUCAAGCCAUCCUUGUUUCUCCAAGAAUGCACUGUGUAAGGAGCAGUUGCAGGCAGUGUCAAAGACGUUGCAAGAAGCAACUGAAUUGGCUGAAUUGUGUGUGAAGGAAAAGUAUGAGGGGAAGCUCCAGAUGCAGAGUGAUCUUGAUGCAUUGUCUGGGAAGUUGGAUUUGAAUUUGCGGGAUUGCAGAUUAUUGGUCAAGACUGGGGUCCUAGGGGAGGCCACUUUGCCUCUAUCCAUGGCUGGAUCUACAGCAGAACCGGAAAUUUCAAUGCAUAGUCAUAUAAAGGAAUUGCUUGCACGGCUUCAGAUCGGUCACCUGGAGUCAAAGCACAAAGCACUUGACAGUCUUGUGGAGGUCAUGAAGGAGGAUGAAAAGAAUGUCUUGUCAGGUUUGGGGCGGAGCAACAUUGCAGCUCUAGUCCAAUUGUUAACAGCUACUUCUCCCUGUAUCCGGGAAAAGACCGUGGCUGUAAUCUGUUCACUUGCUGAAUCUGGUAGUUGUGAGAAUUGGCUUGUCUCUGAAGGUGUUUUGCCACCUCUCAUAAGGCUCGUUGAAUCUGGCAGUCCAGUUGGUAAAGAGAAGGCUACAAUUUCAUUGCAGAGAUUAUCAAUGUCUACUGAAACAGCCAGAGCUAUUGUUGGGCAUGGUGGGGUUCGACCAUUGAUUGAGAUCUGUCAAACAGGGGACUCUGUUUCUCAGGCUGCAGCUGCCUGUACAUUGAAAAAUAUAUCAGCUGUUCCUGAGGUUAGACAAAAACUAGCCGAAGAAGGAAUCAUAAGGGUUAUGAUCAAUCUCCUUGAUUGUGGAAUUUUGUUGGGUUCUAAAGAAUAUGCAGCAGAAUGCUUGCAGAAUCUCACUGCAAGCAAUGAGAAUCUAAGAAGAUCUGUCAUCUCAGAAGGGGGAAUUCGAAGCCUCUUGGCAUACCUUGACGGUCCUUUGCCCCAAGAAUCCCCAGUUGCAGCCUUGAGGAAUUUGGUUGGCUCUGUUUCCAUGGAAGUAUUGAUUUCUCUUGGUUUCCUCCCCCGCCUGGUUCAUGUUCUGAAAUCAGGAUCCCUUGGUGCACAACAAGCUGCAGCAUCAGCCAUCUGCAAGGUUUGCAGUUCCACAGAAAUGAAGAAAUUGGUUGGUGAAGCUGGGUGCAUUCCUCUACUCAUCCAAUUGCUUGAGUCUAAAUCAAACAGUGUUCGAGAAGUUGUUGCUCAAGCCAUUUCAAGUUUGGUGACUCUCUCCCACAAUUGCAGAGAAGUAAAGAGGGAUGACAAAAGUGUACCAAACCUGGUCCAAUUGCUGGAACCAAGCCCUCAAAAUACUGCAAAGAAAUACGCGGUUCCCUGCCUCUCAUCCCUCUCUUCAAGCAAGAAAUGUAAGAAACUCAUGAUCUCAUAUGGGGCAAUCGGAUAUCUGAAAAAGCUCUCAGAGAUGGACAUCCACGGUGCCAAAAAGCUACUCGAGCGGUUGGAAAGAGGGAGGCUAAGAAGUUUGUUUCGCAGGAGGUAAAGGGAAAGAUAAAAAGCCAACCUUUCCUUCUGUUUCUUUUCCCUCCCAUCCCUUGUUCAUUUUAUGUAAUGUACUAAUGUAUGCUCUCUCCCUUUUUUCUUAUUUUUGCCAAUGUAAUCUAUAUGAUCAAUGGUUUAAUAAUUUAUUAGCCUAUUU